AUGCAACCCAAGAAAUACAUUCUAGCCAAAGCGAAGGAAGAAGGGAAAACCAAUCUCGGCCCAUCCAAUCGACGGUACUUCUUCCGCAAUACCAUACCAGCCGUUCAGCGCUUCAAACCGCCCACACCGAAGAGCAACAGCAAAGGGCCCAAUCGGCAGACCAUUCUCUUCAACGAUGCACGCCUGCCACGUGGGCGGGAUGGCAGAAGUAGCGGCAACCGAAGACGCAAAGCUUCCAACUACGACUUUAGUGGAAGCAGUGGGGACGAGGACCGCAAUUUCGAGGCUGCACAUAAGCGCUCGGUCAUGCGUGCCAGAAAAGAGUUCAUGCCGUUGAAUAUGACCAGUGAGGAAAUGGAGGAGACUGCCAGGGCCAGAGGCAGACACGGCACAUCAGCGUUGGCCGAUAUUGAGCCGAUGGAGUGUGAUAAGGAGGUUGGAUUCACGGAUAUCGGUGGAUUGGACAGGACAAUUGAUACCCUUAAGGAGAUGGUGAUUUUUCCGCUGCUGUAUCCCGAAUUCUAUGACCAUUUCAAGGUGAAAUCGGCCAGAGGCAUUCUUCUUCAUGGGCCGCCUGGGACGGGCAAGACACUCGUUGCACGUGCUCUGGCCAACGAAUGUACCAAAGUGGGGUGCCAGAAGGUCGCGUUCUUCAUGCGCAAGGGAUCGGACUGUCUGUCGAAGUGGGUGGGAGAGAGUGAACGUCAACUGCGGCUGUUGUUUGAUCAGGCCUACUUACUGCGGCCGUCGGUUAUAUUCUUUGACGAGGUAAGGGGUGUAUCCGGCAAACCACACAGCUCAUAUAUAGGCAGAGGCUGUAAGGGUGUAUUCGGUACAAUUAAGGCCCUUUAUGUGGGCAAAAACAUGUUGUGCCCAAGCUGGUGUAAUCUAGCACGUAUGUUUGGUGCGAUUGUCUGUCAUCGUCUGCAACGAGAUAUGGGCACCCUGAACCAUACCUAUGGCAGAUUGCUUGACCAAUAG